UUGUGGAUGAGCGAGGGUGUUUGGAGCCUUCUCCUGGCUCACUGGGACUCAGAUGAUGCAGCAGAGAAGAGUCGGGUCGCCUCAGCCAACCGACGGUCUCGAUCUGUGGGGGACCGCGCACCAGCAACUCAUACCGAGGGUAGAAGAUCUUUCGCCAGAGUCCAAUGGAUAUAGCUCAAAAAGAAGGUGUAGAACCGUCGGUUCUACGAGUUCUUCAGGACACACACCGUCGAUCGGACGGUACAUAUGUGAAUGAGCGGGUCCAACAGAUCGAGGAGUUGGUGCAGCCCAAGAUCGACGAUAAAGUCUCCCAGAUGGACGAGAGUACUGCUUCUACACAACUCUCGACAACCGAAGUUAACAGCCUAUAUCUAGAGGUUGUCCAUCCGGAUGCCAAGGGCCGUAUCUAUGGUGUCGGCACCUUGGCAUCUCAACUGGGCGGGGGAGAAACUUCUGCUCCGGCGAUUACUCACCAUGUCGCGCUAAUGCGUGAAAUGGAAGAGUUGAAACGCUCCCAAGAGCGGACGACUGCAGAACUGGCAGAGGCCCGGGCGAAGAUCGAGGAGUUCGAGCAACAUCGGGAGAAGCUACAGAAGCUCUCCGAGACCGAAGCGAGGAUCGUACGCUUCGAGGAGAUGAUGCAGCGCCUCACACCGUUCAUGCCGCCUAUAUUCGACCAGUAUGACUUUCCGACGACAUCUCGGCAGCCAGAUGAUCCUCAGGACGAUCCGGAGGACGCAUCCGCCAAUCUCGGCAAUGAUACACCGGUUGAUCCAUAGACA